GUGUAGCAAACUUGAAUGCAGUUCGUGGAAUAGGUGCUGGGAAUGGAGGUAAUCAAAUUGGUGGGUUGAACACUGCAGGAGAAUUUCGCAAUGCAUGUGCCACAGAAAUUGGCAGAAUUGGAGCGGGAGUCACAACUGACUGGUCUAUAGCUGGUGGUGAACCUACAAAUAAUGCGGUAGUAGCCCCGAAUACGGCUGGUGGUUUUCCCGCUGUUACAAUUGCUCCUGGAAUCAAACUUGGCCAGCUUAUUUUCUUACUCAGAACUGUCUAUACAACCGUCGAACAUUUAAAACAAAUGGCAGUUUUUGGUCAACUUAUGCAAGGAAAUAUGGGCAUUGAAGAGUUCUCUGCUAAAAUCAAAAAG